AUGCAGCGCAGUGCCUCGCAGAGCAGCCGGCGGUCGGCGGCCUUGCCGAUGGGCGCGGGCGGGCAUCUCCCGUCGCGCGGCGUGGGUCCCUACGCGCUGGUAGAUCAGUCAGAAGUGACGGAUCCCCUGUUGCAGGACGCGAUCGAGCAGGAAGAGGCGGCCGAGCCUGACGCUGCCGAGGCAGACGAGCUCGCCUGGCUCCAGGCGCUGCCGUGGUACCGGCGGCCGCAUCCUGCGUGGCUGUACCCGCUGACGCUGGUGUUUGCGCUGGCGGGUGGUAUUCUGCUGGCGCCGCGCAUGGAAAUGUACCUGUCGCUGUUAUGCGACGAGAUGGGCAUUGAACGCGGCCCGAGCUCGAGUGGCAAGGCGCAUAUCCCGUCCCAAGCGUGCCGCCAGUCGCCGGCGGCGCAGCGCCAGCUCUCUAUGUUGCAGCUACUGAUGCUCAUUACCAACGGUGUCGGCUGCGCGUUCUCCGCGGGCUUUUGGUCGCGCAUGUCGGACCGCAAAGGGCGGACGCGCAUGAUGAUGGUCAACGUUUUUGGCAUUUUCGUCAUGGACGUCAUUGUGCUCAUCGCGUCGACUGUGCCGCUGCACCAGCUGCCGUUUGGCGUGUACUUUUUCGCGAUCGGCUCGACGAUCGAGGGGCUGCUCGGUGGCUACUCGGCGGUGAACGCGAUGAGCCAGUGCUACAUUUCGGACGUGACGCCGAGCGGGUCGCGCGCGCGUCUUUUUGCGCUCAUGUCGGGCGUGCUGUUUGCCGGCGUCGCGAUUGGGCCGACGAUCGGUGGCCUGCUUACGGUCGCGACCGGCGACGUGACCGCCACGCUGUGGAUCGCGACGGUGCUGCACGGCGGCAUCGUCGCCUUUCUCCCCUUUUUCCCCGAGAGCCUCAACAAGGCGCGGCAGCGUGCCGCCGAGGAGGAUCACAAAGAGGCGGAGCGGAGUGCGCCGGAUGUCUCGUGGACCGAGCGCUUGCGUACCGCCGCGCUUGCGCCGCUCAACUCGCUGCGCAUCAUCAUGCCCGAGCGCGCCCACGAGGGGUACACGGCCGUCCCUGGGGACGAGCACAGUGCGCCGGACGAGCACAUCUCUGUCCCGUGCAAGCACCCGUCGGGGUCGUGGGACAUUAAUAUGCUGCUCGUGUCGAUUGCCUACUUCCUCGAGUCGGCCACGAUCGCCAUUGUGCCCACCAAGAUCCAGUAUGUACAGCUCGUGUUCAACUGGGACUCGGAGAUGCUCGGUUUCUUUAUGAGCUUUACGGCGCUGACGCGGAUGCUGAUGCUGGUCGUCUGUAUUCCCCUGUUUAUUCGGUUCGUGCACCGCCCCCUCGCCUCGAUCGCGCUGCCGCAGGACGCGCAGAUCGAGGCGCACGUCGACGUCCCGACCGAGCUCGACGCGGACGGCCGCGCGGUGCCCACCAACCCGCCUCGCCCGUGGACGGCGAGCGACCGGCGCGUCGAGCAGCAGUGGGCACAGCGCGCAAAGCUGAUGCGCCUCAUACACGACUCGCGCAUGGACAUGCGUAUCGCGAUCGGCUCGUGCCUCAUCACCGCCUGUGGCUGUGUCAUUACAGCGACCUCGCGGAGCGCGUGGCUUUUCUUUUUCGCCAUCUUUGUCACCUCGAUCGGCGGCGGGGUCGGCUCGGCCGUCACGUCGCUCGGCCUCGCGCUGAUCCGCAACCCCAACGAGGCAGGGCGCCUGUUUGGCGCAUGGGCCGUGCUCAGCACCGUCUCGAGCUCGAUCGUGGGCCCUUUUCUGUUUACCUUUACUUUUAGCCAAAGCGCUGCUACCGCCCCUUCGCUCGUAUUCUACGUGGUUGUUGCCAUGCAGCUCCUCGCGGCGCUCGCGCUGCUCAUUGUCCGCCUGCGCUCGCCCGCGAGCCUCGCGGGGCUGCCGCCCCGCCCUGGAUAG